UUUGAACAAAAACCUCCAGUCUAACAAAACCUUCCAUUUUUGUUCAGGGGUAGCAAAAAUGUAUUUUUGCAGAAUGACUUUUGUGGACAUCGGGUUAAACUUGAUAAAACUUAAAUCUUUAACUUUAUUUCUUUUUUGUUUUUAUUGUUUUAGAAUUAUAAUUAGAAAUUUUACAAAACUAGGAGCGCGCCAAAUAAAAAAUUUAAAAUUGGAUUCCGUUGUAAAUUAAUUUUUUUCAAAAUUUUCUAGAGUAUAAAAGCCUUACAAACUUGAAAGGAUUAACGCUCUCACAAAACACCUCUGUUGGGGUUUGUGCUCAUUGUCUGCUACCUUCAGUGUUCGCCUGCUCAGUGUUUGCCUGCUCACCUACUUCAGUGUGCGCCUGCUCAGUGUUCGCCUGCUCGUCUACACUUCAAUCGCCAGCCGCAAUGCUUGUUCGCGAGUACAGGAUAGUGAUGCCUAUGACUACAGCAGAGUUCCAGAUUGGACGGGCGUUUGCCUACAUGGAGACGGCUCGAAAACAAACACACAAAGGAGAAGGAGUGGAAAUCUUGCAAGACGAGCCAUUCGACAACAUUCCACUUUGUCACGGGCGCUACAAUGAAGGGCAGUUCACCCACAAAAUCUACCACCUGAGAUCUAAAAUUCCAUCAUUUGUCCGACCUUUUGUACCAAACGGCCUCACCCGGAUUCACGAGCAUAGUUGGAACAGCUUUCCAUAUCUACUGACAGAACUCUACGCUCCUGAAUGGGACGAAAAUCGGGAAAAGUUCAGCAUCCGAUUCGAGACACUUUGUUUGGACAACAAUAGAGGAAAGGAUGAAAAUGCUUUGGGACUGGGCAGUGAUAUGCUGAGGCGCCGUGAAAUCGUCAAGAUGAACAUUGGGGAGGACAAUACUAAUUUUCGUUCCAAACGCGCAAAAAGAGGGCCUCUGGUCGGCAACUGGCAAGAGAAAUGUAAGCCCUGCAUGUGCGUCUACAAAGUUGUGACAGUUAACGUCAGGACACACUUUCCGGGAGCUGAAAAACUAGUUGAGCUUGUGAGUUUUGAGGAUUGUUUUAGAAUAAUCAGAGAAUAUAUGGAUAUAGUGUAG